UGCACUGCCACCUGCAUUCCCUAAAAACAAACAUCAAACACACAACUGGAACCUAGCCACGAUUCACUCUUGUCCUCUAGAAGAAGCCGCACGAACCAAUCCUGCUGAGAAUUCCGUCUGGGCUCAUAACAUGACUGUUGGUGCUUCUGUAUCAUCAAUCGCAACCACACGAGUUCCUAACUGCUACCGUUGGAAAAAUCUAAUUUCUCUGCCUUCUUUAUCCUUCUGCAAUUGGAGAACGUCUCGGAUAUCGUCUUUAGCUUCGGCUCCAUCAGCGUCAAUGUCCACCAAAAGCACAGCUUCGGAGACGGAAGGGGUGGCCGUGGAGCCCCAGAAGUCCAAGAAGCCAUGGCUCAUCGUCGGCCUCGGUAACCCUGGCAAGAAGUACCAAGCCACGCGCCACAAUGUGGGCUUUGAGAUGGUGGAUGCUAUAGCUGAAGCUGAAGGGAUAUCCAUAAGCAGUGUUUCCUUCAAAGCUCUACUAGGAAAAGGUUUUAUUGGAGAUAUUCCAGUUAUGCUUGCCAAACCCCAAACUUUCAUGAAUGCAAGUGGUGAGUCUGUUGGGGCUAUUGUUUCGUAUUACAAGAUUCCGUUAAAGCAAGUACUUGUGAUUUUUGACGACUUAGAUUUGCCCUUUGCAAAGUUGCGGCUUUUGCCAAAAGGUGGACAUGGAGGACAAAAUGGGAUGAGGAAUAUCAUUGAUCACUUCAAAGGGAACCGUGAUUUUCCUCGUUUAAGGAUUGGCAUUGGACGGCCACCUGGGAGAAUGGAUCCUGUCAACUUUGUUCUUCGCCCCUUCACCAAACAAGAACGUGAAGAGUUAGACUUUACGUUUCAACAUGGCCUGGAGGCGGUGCGGAUUCUUUUGCUUGAGGGGUUUAAUAAAAGUGCCACAUUUGUUAACAGUGCCAAACCCUUGGAACAACUUGGUUAAUUUGUCUUAAAUCUUUGAUUUUUUUUUGGUGAUCAAGGACGGGCAGAUAUUCUUCAUGAAGGAGAUUGUGUAUCAUGGGGUUUUUUUUGUAUUUAUUUUAUUAUUUUUUCCCGAUGAUUUUCCAGAUGAAAUACCUUUUACGAAUACAUUAGUUCCAAGCUGAUGGGUGAGUGAUUGUCUCUAUGUUUUUAUAGGCUAUUUGAAGUUGUGAUAAUGAAGCUAUUCUAGUACAGAAUUUCGAGACCGUCACAUUGUAGACUUUCUUAAAGUGUAAUCGUUUGUUCGUUGUUGGGUAAAUGUUGCUGGAAAUGUUUUUGCGUAA